CGAUUCCUCGACAGAAUAAAACCCAAAAUAAGAUAACAAAUUAAAAACCCACCAGAGAAAAAAAAAAAUGAAAAUUAAAAGGGAAGAGAAAGAAGACCAACACUCCACGCGUAAACUAUCAAGAUCUAUUCUAGGGUUUCUCACUUUUUCAAUUUCUAAUCGAUUCUAAGUUCAAAACACCUGUCCAAAAGACCGUCGAUUCUCUUCUAGUUGGGGGCGUUGGUCGGGAUUCUUUCUGUCGGUUGUCGAAAAAUUCUCAGGUAUUUAGGAGAAAAAAGUAAAACAGAUGCCGGACGAGGAUUUUGUGGAGGUGAAGUUCAGAUUAUACGAUGGAUCGGAUAUGGGUCCUUUCCGAUAUUCACCGGCCGCCACUGUAUCUAUGCUCAAAGAGAGAGUUGUAGCUGAGUGGCCUAAAGAUAAAAAAAUUGCACCAAGGUCUGCAAGUGAUGUGAAACUGAUAAGUGCGGGGAAGAUAUUGGAAAACAGCAGGACCGUUGCUCAGUGCAAGAUGCCAUUUGACGAGCUACCAAAUGGAGUUGUCACCAUGCAUGCUGUUGUACAACCAAUAUACGUAAAAGCAAAGACAGGGGUCUACCUAUUACUUACUGGGCAGCUGAUAAAGAUCGAGCUUGAGACAUUAGUUUCUAGAGAUGGUUAUUUCAUGUCAACUCCGUGGCAUUGGCUUUCACUUGCUUAUAGAUUAAAUAUAUCCAGUAAUUAUCUGGAUUUCAUUUUAAUUCCUUUACAUAUGCAUCCUGUUAGUUGUUACAGACAAGAAGGUCGACAAGGUUCCCCAGAAAAACUUGUGCUCAUGUUCAAUAUUGUGAGACUGGAUGGAUUAAGCUUUGGUCUUGGUGCACUCGUGGGGGUUUACAUGCAGUUGGCCUGCAGAAUUCUUGUUUACUAUGAGAAGACAAGUUCGGUUUUGGUUUUGAAAUCCCGGCUAGAUUGCCACCGAACACGGGAUGGUUCAGUGCCAGUUUUCGUCAAUCGACACUUUAGGUGGGCCUAUGUAGCCUACAUGACUGUGGAGCUAGGCCCGACUUUGGUUGAGGCAGCUUAUAGGCAAUAUCUGAAGUUGAGCAAACAUGAUUACGAAUUACAGAUUCACUGCGAUUGUUGGAUUGCGUUACAGAAUUUUUGCGAUACAGAUUUCGCUCCGAAGAAGGGCGCGAAGCCGCUGGGGAAGAAGAAGCCCGAGAAAGUCGUGAACCCGCUGUUCGAGAAGAGGCCGAAGCAGUUUGGCAUCGGCGGAGCUCUGCCGCCCAAGAAGGACCUGCACCGCUUUGUAAAAUGGCCGCAGGUGGUAAGGAUCCAGAGGAAGAAAAUGAUACUGAAGCAGAGGCUCAAAGUCCCGCCGUCGAUUCAUCAGUUCUCCAAGACUCUCGACAAGAACUUGGCAACAAGCCUCUUCAAGAUGCUUCUCAAGUACAGGCCAGAGGAUAAAGCUCAAAAGAAAGAGCGUCUUUUGCAAAGAGCUCAAGCUGAGGCUGAAGGAAAAGCCCCUGAAUUGAAAAAGCCAAUUGUGGUCAAAUAUGGUCUCAACCAUGUGACCUACCUCAUCGAGCAGAACAAAGCUCAAUUGGUGGUUAUUGCUCAUGAUGUGGACCCCAUUGAGUUGGUUGUGUGGCUCCCAGCACUCUGCAGGAAAAUGGAGAUUCCAUACUGCAUUGUGAAGGGGAAGGCAAGGCUUGGAACUAUUGUUCAUAAGAAGACUGCCUCUGUUUUGUGUUUGACCUCUGUGAAGAAUGAAGACAAACUGGAGUUCAGCAAGAUCCUGGAAGCUAUCAAGGCCAACUUCAACGAUAAGUAUGACGAGAUCCGCAAGAAGUGGGGAGGUGGUGUUAUGGGAUCAAAAUCCCAGGCUAAGACUAAGGCCAAAGAGCGGCUUCUAGCCAAGGAAGCUGCUCAGCGGUUGACUUGAAAAGCUGGUUAUGUUUUUCCGUUAAUGUAAGGAUUUUUGUUUUUCAGAUGUCCUUGUUAUUCGAAGAUAAACUAUUACAUUUUUUGGGGUACUUAUCUCCUGUUAAAAUGUGUUUUACCUGUUUUACCAUUAUAUACUGAGCUUAUGAGGAUGACAUAAAUCAAAACUCAGCAGUCUACUCUACUUUUCUCAAAUCCCAUGCAAAUGCGGAUAACAAGUAAAAAUUCUCGAAUAAUGAAAACGUUUCAUGUUGAAACAUAGCUAGCAACAAUAAAAUUGUAGCAGAUAUAUCCAAUGUAUGUUUAUACUAGUGGCCAUCUGAAUAUGCACGCAAAUUGGACCUAAUUUUAUUAAAUUUUGAGCAUUUAGUAAUUGCAUAAUAAGAGGAUGUUUCUAAAUUAUCUAUUGCUAUAGGAUGUUCCCAAGUUCACGAAUUACCUAUUGCUCUUUUGUUGCUGAAAAUUUUACCUCAUAAAAUUUGAGUCUAUUAUGCCUUAAAUCGUAAACACGUAAAAAUCGUUGGCUCACCAAUUAAAUGAAAGUAUAUAUCUUUUUUUGU